CGAGAGGAGAAAUUCCCUUGCUGGAUCGAAGACAAACGUCACCACCAUAGGCAAUCAGCAAUUCCAAUUGAGAGAUUUGUUCGUACUGACAAGCGACAUGAACUGGAGAAGUACCUUUCACCGGGUGAAUGUAAUUGGGAUCAGCUCCCAGGGCAAGAAGAUAAAGACUGGUAUCUAAAACUGCAGUCCGAACACUGGCAUGCAAUUGUUGAUUCAUCAGGAUGAAUAACAAUUGGAAGUUUAAAAAAUCCGUGGAAUAAAUAUUUCUUGCGAAUAAAAUCAGCUUUUGUUGGGUGAAGCGGAGAAUCAGGUAGUGGUUUCUUGUCUGCCAUAGAUGGACUCUUUGAAGAAUCAUUUAUCUUGCUAAGUAGAGGCUCAAGAAGAACAUGUUCCCAAAACCUAUUUGCACCGGCAAGAGCUAGAUAUUGCACCAUAAAUAAUUGUGAUGGACGCCAUAAAGAUUUAUAUAAAUGCUUUGUCUAA